UAGGGCUGGGGAAAAAUACCGAAACCGCCGAAAUACCGCUCUUACCGUACCGUAAAAUACCGAUUUUACCGAAAUUUUUCCUUACCGUAAAUUUUGGUAAGGUAUGUUACCGUACCGAACUAUUUCGGUACGGUAUCGGUAUAUACCGUAUAAAUGUUCGGUAUACCGAAAUACCGUAAUCCCAUAUAUAUAAAUAAUUACAUUUAGUUAUAAUUUUGUCUAUUGGGCCAAUAACAGUCCACCACCAUUAGCCCACUUUGGCCAAGAUCCACUCUCCAAAGUCCAAAAACUAGGUCUAUGGUCGUGUGGAAACUGUGAGUCUGCGAAGAAUUGGAAGAGCCGAUAGGGUUUCAGAGAGCUGUGGACUUCAUUCUCCACUCAUAAAUCAUAAUCGAGCUCCACUCUCCACUCUCCAAUACGUAAUCCAGCUCCCGGCGGCGAGUAUUUCUUGAAGAAGAGCGGAAGCGUAGGAGAAGCAGCGGCCAGGCGUGGUCGCGUGGACUUAAUUCUGAUACGAAAAGGUAUUAAUCAAUCACUUCCUUCUGUGUUCUUAUAUGAAAACUUAUUCAUUAUGAGUAAUUAAUCUUGUUUGAAUUCAAAUAGAGGUUUGCUAGACGGGCUUUGCCAUUUUCUGGAACCAGUUAGACGUUGGUUACAAAAACCAUACUAUGUAUAUGGUUUAUGAAUGUAUAACCAUUUUACUAAUCAGUUGAAAAAGCUCCUCACAUUUUGCCUCUGUCAAUGGUAACUUCAGUCCUACCUGUAACUUGUCCAAACAAAAUGAGGAUGUCAACUUACACAUGACAUAAUAAGCUAUAUAACUAUAUUGUAUAUGUAUAUAAUAACACAACUGCAAACUCACUUCACUAAAGAUUUGACUGUAAGAAGAAGUUUGUGCAAAUACUUGUAAUAACAUUAAAGGUUUGCUAGAAAUUUUUGCUGAGAAUACAAGUGAUGAACUGUUAGUAACACAUGCUACCGUCGAGGAAGCUGCUGGGGUUUUAACACUGAGCUGCAGUGUCGGGGGACUAAGACUUAUGUGGAUGUAGCAUAUGCAAAAGUAGUUUAAUUAGGGAUGAUCUCAAAGCAGCUGUAAAGAAAGAUGGGUAUUGAAGUAUUCUUUGUUUGUAGUUUGGUUUCUGAUUGGUUGCUGACUCAGUAUUUUCUUUUUAAGCGGUCUGAGGGUUGCUACCUCGUAUCUCUCUCUCUUUGUUUCUAGGUUCUUUCCACUUUCUAAAUUGUUUGCAAUAUGCUUUCUGAUAGGUCUUUGAAUGGAUGCAAUACUUUUACCCCAGUUUACCCUGCCAUUUACUUGUCAGACUGAAAAAAGAUCCAUAUUUCAUAUUCAUGCUUCAGCAUUAUUACUGUUACAAAUUAUUGCUUCACAGAAUUAUUACUGUUUUGAGAUGUGAAUAUACCCCCAACCCCUGAAGUAUGUUACAUAACAACAAAUCAUCUCUGGUUUUUGAAUUUUAGGUGACAAAAACAACACAACUAUCUACCAUUCUUUGAGAGCAACCUGGACUUAACUUGCUCUGCUAGAAGGGACAACUUGCAAGUCAUAUAUCUAAAGUCCAAUUUUCAGCAUGGAUGCAGGUCAAUGGUCAUAUAUCUUUACUCCAAUUUUAUACAUGCGUGUGUAUAAGUAAAUAAAUGUUGUGAUAGAUGCAUUUGUUUACAAUCUGAAAAACUAAUUAUUUGUUUUUAUUUCAGAAGUAAGAAUGGAAUCUCAAUCAUCUCAUUCUCUUCCAACUCCAACUGAAUCACCAGACAUCGUAGAAUCUGAAUCGCUUGAAGCUGGUACUAGUCGGAAACGAGCAAGGAACAAAACAGCAGCACUUAAGCCCCCCGUUUCACAAACUCGAAGCAUCUUUUGGGAUCAUUGUAAAAAAGGGUCAAGGACCUUGUUGGAUGGCACCAUUCAACCAAUUGGAACUUGCAAUUAUUGUGAGACGCAGAUCCCAGCAGGUCAUGGCAGCACUAGCGGGUUGAAAAACCACUUAGUGAACAGGUGCAGAUCGAGUCCCUUGUACAAAGCAGCUGAAAGUGACAAAAAUCAGCCUGUGUUGACAAAUGAGAAAAUGGGGCAGGUCACUGAAUUGGUUUCUCAUACUUUCAAUCAAAAAAGGUGUGAGUUGAAGCUUACAGAAUAUGUUAUUAUCGAUGAGAUGUCAUUCCGAGCUGUUGAAGGGAAGGGCUUCGUAAGUCUUGUGCAUGAAUUGCAACCAAGAUUCAGAAUCCCAGAUCGUAAGAAGGUGGCAGGUAUGGUUUAUGACUUGUUUUUAGUUGAGAAAGCUAAAAUAAAAAGUGUCAUAACUGGGCAAAGGGUAAGUAUCACAACCGAUACAUGGACUUCCAUCCAGAACAUAAAUUACAUGGUUGUUACUGCUCACUUUUUGGACAGUGAUUGGAAACUGCAUAAAAGAAUAAUUAACUUCACAAAAAUCACAAGUCAUGUUGGGGAAGAUAUUGGUAAGGUGGUUGAGGUGUGUCUGAGAGAGUGGGGGAUUGAAAAAGUAUUUUCGAUAGUAGUUGACAAUGCUACUUCAAAUGAUACAGCUAUUGACUACUUGAAAAAGAGAAUGAAAAUCGAAAAUACAUUGAUGUUUGAAGGAAAGUACUUGCAUUUGAGGUGUGGGUGUCAUAUACUCAAUCUGAUUGUUAAGGAUGGUCUCAAAGAACUCAAUGCUUCAAUUGAAUCUAUAAAGAAUGCGGUUCUUUUCAUUCAUUCUUCACCAUCUAGGUUGCAUAAAUUUAGAGAGUUUGCCGUAUUAGCAAAGUUUUCUAAUACAUCAACUGUGCCUAUGGAUAUAAAAACAAGGUGGAAUGCAACAUAUAAAAUGCUUGAAGUUGCAUUGAAGUUUAGGAGGGUGUUUGAAAGGAUGGCUGAAGAGUGGUUACCAUUUAUUAAGUACUUUCGUGAAAAAAAUGAAAAGGGUAAAGUACGAGUAGGGCCUCCAAGUCAUGAAAAUUGGGAGAAUGCUAAAGCUUUUGUGCACUUUUUAAAAAAGUUUUAUGAUGUCACCUUAGAGUUAAGUGCAUCAAAAACUCCCACCUCCCAAUUGCUUUAUCAAUCCAUGAUUGCACUGCAAAUUGAGAUAGAAAAAAAGAAAAAUGACAAGUCUGACCCAAUUCUCCAGGAGGUGGCUGGUAAAAUGAUGUUGAAGUUUCAAAAGUAUUGGGGCGAAUGGAAUACUACUGUAAAUCCUGUAAUUUUUAUUAGCAAUAUUUUGGACCCAAGAAAUAAGCUCCAGAUGAUUAAAGUCAGUAUGAAGAAACUGCCAGCUACUUCUACAAAGGUCCAGGAUUUUGUUGAUAAAGUCAAAAGUGACUUGGCGACUCUGUGGGCAGAAUACAAAGGCAUAAAUGAGACCACUAAUGUUGAGCGGCAAAAUAUGCAAUUGGAGUUGGAAGGUGGAGCUGGUACUAGUAAUGCGGGUGAUGGUCUUUGGGAUGAGUUAUUUACCGACGUUGAGGCACAAAAUCAAGAAGAACAACUCAAAGAGAUUUCUAAUGAGGUAGAUAAGUACCUAGCUGAUGAGAUUGAGAAGAGAUCUAAUCAAUCUUUUAAUCUUUUGGAGUGGUGGAAAGGAAGUGAAACUAGGUAUCCAAUUCUUUCAUUGAUUGCAAAAGAUAUUUUUGCGAUACCAAGUUCAACGGUUGCUAGUGAGUCUGCUUUCAGUUUAGGUAAAAGAGUUGUUGAUCCCUUUAGAAGCAGUUUAAGUCCUAAAAUGGUUGAAGCUUUGGUUUGUACGAAUGAUUGGUUAAGAGCAGAGGAUUUCAGCUUUUAUAAGGAUCCAACUGAUGAUGACCUUGAGUUGUAUAAAGAGAUUGAAGAAAUUGAAAAGAGUAAUUUUUAUAACACAUUAAGUUUAGAUUAAAAUGAUAAAUUUUGAUGUUAAUCUAAUGUUUCUUUAUGUUUCUUCUACAGAUGCAAAUGUCACUCAGGAACGCUCGCAGACUUCCUCUCACACAUAGGCAUGUUCUAAUUUGCAGUUAGUAGGUUCAUAAUGCAUUAAUGCCCAUUGAAUUCAGCGUUUAAUAUGUUUUUAUAUGCAGUAUUAACUAUUAAGUAAGCAAUCAUUUAUAAAUUUCAUUAGCAGUAUUAACUAUUAAGUAAGGCUUCUAACUGUCAUAGACUCUAGUGUAUAAAUUUCAUGAGUAGUAUAAACUGGAAUGGGCAACCGUAGUUGAAGUUCAUGCACUGAUUAUUCCCUUUUACUCUAUAACCCUUCAAUAUUUAAUUGUUAUUUGAUGAUUUUGUAUGUAAUUAGUUCGUCUGAAUAAUAAAAAAAACAUAUUUUGUUUCAUCCCAAAUAAUAUAUUCUGAUCUUUGUGACAGAGUGCUAGUGACACUGAUUAGUGAUUAGUGAUUACACAACCAAUAGUGUUGGAUGUACUGUUUUUGUUUGGAAAAAAAUAGUCAAUUUCCGAAAUUUGGCUAUGAACCUUUUCCUUACUAAUAGUCAUUUUACACGGAAAAAUCUGUAAAAAUGAACCACUUCCUAGGCUGUAAGGUGGUUUUACAGUGAAUAAGUGAAGUAUAUUUACUAAUGAAGAAAAAAAUAAGUAUAUUUCUGGAACUGGUUCAUUUUAAUUUGUCUUUGUAAUAUCAGCUUCAAGCCUUUAAUGCAGUUUUUUGGUACCCUUACUUUGCUGGUGCAGGUUGACUUCUUCAUUUACUGGUGUAGGUCAGUCAUUGUUAGGCUUUUUUGUACUAUUUCUAAGUCAUUUAUGAGUGCAGCAGUAACUUCUGCUUUUUCUCUAAUGGAUUUGGCUUGGGUAGUUGUUAUAUGUUGCAUUCCUAGACAAAUUGGAAGUUGAUCACUUGUUUCAUGAGAUAUAAUGGAUUUGGCUUGGGUUGUUAUAGGCUGUAUUCCUAGCCAAGUUGAUACCUUUCCUAGCAUACCUUUAGCUUUUAUUUGGAAAUAUAAAUGAGGUGCAGCUGCAGGUACUUUGUCGCUAGGGAAUCCUGCCUCCUGAUCGUGAGCUUGGUACUAACUCUUUGUUCAUUGCCAUGAAAUUGUUUUUCCACCCUUUUUAAUUUCUCUUUUCAGAGCUCGGGGAAUGAUGAAACGGUAGCCACGAGUUCAACAGUAGCCUGUAGCCACGAGGCCCACGAGUUUAGUGAUGAUCAUGUGGAUUUCAGAUUUAGGGCCGCUGCAUCUAUAUUGCUUUAUAAAGUCUAUGCUAUAAUUGCUUUAAAUAUGUAUUUGUACUGAAUUUUUGUUGGAUUUUUUCUGGAAUAAGGUUGAACAUGAUUUUAAGUUUAUCAUAUUUUGUGUUUAAAAAUUGAGCAUUCAGCUAAUGAGCAGUUUUACAUGAGUUAUUAUUGGUGUUUAAUAAUAAUUUUUGAAUUUAUGUGAGACUUUACUUUAACAUGUCAUUACACUUUCGGUAUAUUGAUAUUGUGCUUGAGUUUCGGUAUACCGAAAAUACCGAAUAUUCGGUACGGUAUCAAUAUGCCAUUUUGGGUUACCGAAAUUUCGGUAUACCGAACCAUCGGUAUACCGAAGUUUCGGUACGGCAACGGUAUGUCAUUUUUGUAUACCGGUAUUUCGGUACGGUAUACGGUAUGGCGCAAAUUUUUCGGUAUGCC